CUUGCAAACAGGAACUUCAAGUCCGGGAAAUGAUUGCUUGAAAAUCAAUUAAGUAGGCUGAAAAAAAAAACGAUAUGCAGCUCAACAGCUCAAUGAAAGCGCUUACAAGGUUAAUGCAGGACAAGGAAGGGAAUGCGGUUCACCUUGAACAAGCAGUUCGGGUGGGCAGCAACGGCGGCAGUGCUUAUGUGUCUUGCUUUCUAUCAUCUACAGACAGCAAUAAAAAGUGUUGUUUGUGUCGUUUCACAUUAUUGAUGUCUAGCAUACGACAAUAGUACGCGACGGGAAAGCAAAAAUAUUCCUACCACAUUUCAAGUCUAACAUUGCUGUGGUACAAUCACGCAUGGUCAUCGAUGAAGACAGUGAAUCGAUUACAGCGAAAUCAAUCGACACGCUUACAUUGGUAGUAUGUACAAAGAGAAAUGGAAAGUAUUGCGACCAAAAUUGAAGCUUCAUGUUUCAGAAGACACUCUGGCAGAAUAAUGGUGCAGGGGGGACUCAGCAACGUUUGCAUUUGUUUGCACUGUCUUCGCAGUCAAAAAUGGCAGCCCGUAUAUCAAGUCCUCAUAUCCAUCAUUUGCUGAGUAAAUUGCCACACCACCUGACAUUCGCCUGACA